UUAUCGUCUCACGUACUAAUGCUCGUCGUCACGGGAGCAUAUAAAUUAACCGACUUUGCACAUGCACUGUUAGAAGGGCCAAAACUCAUAACUGGACGAGCAAUUACAGGAAUACUGAUCAAGGGAUGGUGAAGAGACCCGAGUCUUAUAUGGGCGUAAUGUGCUUCGUAUGGAGACACAGAUUAGCUGUUUCAUUUAUUUUGGUUUUAGUGGUUUGUGAUGGGUAUGCAACGGAUGGUGCGCAACCACUUGGAAAAGUUUAUCCACGCGGAAACCACUGGGCAGUUGGGCACUUGAUGGGUAAGAAAAGUACAGAUGAGCUGCUAAGCCCGGACGAGCCAGACAGCAAUGACGAGCGCUCCCUCCUUCUUCGACUCCUGCAGAAGCUUGUGAGAGAGCAGGUGGUACCGGAGAGCGCGCGAGAGAGCUCGCGGGAGAACGACGCGUUGCAACUUCUCCAGCGCGUGCUAGUAAAGGGGCGUCAUUGGGAGGAAGAGCGCGAGAGGGAAAGACAACUGAAACUGGUCGAGGACUUAAUUUUACAGGCUGUGAGCAUGAAGGAUGACAACACCCGCUAAGGGCAUGCUUCUAACUGCAGUUUCUCAACAACUGACUCUUUAUUCAACAAUUUAUAAAUAAGCAUGUUUUAUUUUUGUAUGUAAAAUCUCUCUAUGAAAUACAUAUAUACUAUGUAUCAUUGUUAUCCAUGUUUAUGGUGUUGUUUUAUAUAAAUUAAUUCAUCUUUAAUCCAUUGUAGUCAAAUUUAAAAUUGCAUUUACUACCUGCAGUAAAAUUACUAAGGUGUCAUAAAAAAUGACAAUGUGGACUACUAUCAUUGUGUGUAAUUUGAAAUGUCUUGAUUAUAUUGAGCAAAAGACAUUUUAGGAAUUACUUAUGUAUUGUAAUUAAUUAAACAUAUACAAUGAAUGUGCUGCGCCAGUACAGCUAUG